AGCUCACGCACAGCUCACCGCAGCUGUUCCGACGCUAAAACAAACCGAUAUAAACACGGUUGUUUCGCUCUUCACGCACGUUUAAGCCACUCUCACACUUCUCGCGAGAGUUGUAUAGCGGAAGUUUAUAAGCAAAUCAUGUGACUUGAUGUAGCUGGCAGUGUGAACAGCUAUGCCCAAAUAGUCGGAGCUCUGACAGGAAGGUUCAGGUCCCAGAGGAUUCUCCGAUAUGCAGAACGUGAUCAACACGGUGAAGGGCACGGCCCUCGGGGUGGCCGAGCUGUUCACCCCGGUGUUAAAGGAAUCGAAAUUCAAGGAGACGGGAGUCCUCACACCGGAGGAGUUUGUAGCAGCUGGAGAUCACCUGGUUCAUCACUGCCCCACAUGGAAAUGUCAGGACCACGUGAAGAAGACGGUCACCAUCGAGAACCACCCCCACCUUCCUCCACCUGCCAUGUGCUCGGUUCACCCCUGCAGGCAUGCUGAAGUGAUGAAAAAGAUCAUUGAGACUGUGGCAGAAGGAGGAGGAGAGCUGGGAGUGCAUAUGUAUCCUUUGAUGAUGUCACGUGUCACCACAGCAACGCAAUGAAAGGAAAGUGGCUCCAUUGAGAAGCUUAACGUUUGUUCUUUAAAUUUGUGCAUGUUGUGUAUUUUCGGCUAUUUGCAAAAGGAAGUCGUUA